AUGAAUACAGUAUGUGCCGGCUUGGUGGCUAACAUGACAACUGCGAGUCAAGGUAUUUAUAUGUUUGUCGAUGAGGAAAGUGGAUCUGAUUCUCUUUGUGUCAUUCGCGCAUAUCUGAUGUAUUCAGGUGCAGGUUUGAUUUAUCAUUCUAUUCUUGUUCAAGCUCUUCAUCGAUUGUUUAUCACUGUAUUUGUGAAUCGUCGACGCUUACAAUCAUCAUUUAUAUUCAUACCUCUAUCAGCUAUUCAAUGGAUUGUAUCAUUUGGUUUUGCCUUACCGAUUUUACUCAGCGGAAAAAUCUUAUCGGAUUCGGUUGAUUCCAUAUGUGAACUAUCAUUAUUAGAUUGGCAUGGAAUUUUGUAUGUCGCUAUUUGGAUCUAUAUUCUUCCUUUAUUUCUUCUUUCUCUAAUCUAUUGGAAGAUUAUUGUUCAUGUUCGUCGUACUACUUUGACUGCUCGACAAAAUUUAGUAACACAACAUCGAUUUCAUAAGGAGAUGCGUACACUUGUCCGAAUAUCUAUACCAAUUCUCACUUUACUUUUACUUGGUUCACCUUAUAUUGCUUUCUUCUUGUAUGCUCAAGUUACUCAAACAAUACCAACAUUUAGUUAUCAUAUAAGUGUUGUGUUCAUGACGUUAGGUCAAAGUAUCGUCAUGCUCAUUGCUCUUCUAUUAACUAAAAAUGUCCAAAUGCGAUUGCGUGCAUAUCUAUGUCGAGUGAAUCAGGUUCAACCACUUGUACAAUUUGUCAACGCACAACCACAUUUAUAA